CGUGGGUUUGAGGUCCUCAUUGCCCUGUGAAGGAUGCUCAGGAUUAGGCAUGACUCCUUGGUCCCUGACUAGUAGGGGCGUCCACUCCCCUUCCGACCCGUUCUCACUCCCCACUCCGCGGGUGGCUUGGGGCCAGUGUGGACGGCGAGCCCUUUCCACCUGCCACUCUGCAGGAGGAUUGGUUCUCGGGGUCCUGAGGGUCGGGCUCGGCAGUAGGAAGGAUGCUCCGCCAGGGGACUUGGCAGGUGGCCGGUGCCCUCUCCCCGUGCGGGUCCCUGCAGUACAGCCUUCGGGACACACCCUUGGCGCAAAGACUUAAGUGUUUCGCACCCCUCACCCGCUGUUUUGCCCGGGAUUCAAGGGCAGGUGGGUGUCCAGUGACUGCCCAAGGUCGCGCCGGGACCGGAGCCCGGGAGGGUGGGGGCGUCACGUGACCUGGCCUGUGCGAACUUGGCCUGGGACAGUCGGACGGCGAGGUCUGAGCAGCCCCGCGGUGCCCUAACAGCCGCAAGCAUACAUCACCACCACCACCCCCUUCCUAGUCGGUCGACUCCGGGCUCAGUGAGGACGUAAAGCAGAGAACUGUGGUGCGCGGAGGACUGCACUCCCGGGGCAGUGCAUAGCAGUAGGUCACCACUCAAGAUGGCAGAGGCUCACCAAGCUGUGGCCUUCCAGUUCACUGUCACCCCUGAUGGUAUCGACCUCCGCCUGAGCCAUGAAGCCCUCAAACAGAUCUGCCUGUCGGGGCUGCACUCCUGGAAGAAGAAGUUCAUCCGAUUCAAGAAUGGCAUCAUCACUGGUGUGUUCCCCGCGAGUCCCUCCAGCUGGCUUAUCGUGGUGGUGGGUGUGAUAUCAUCCAUGCAUACCAAAGUGGACCCCUCCCUGGGCAUGAUUGCAAAGAUCAAUCGGACCCUAGACACCACUGGCCGCAUGUCAAGCCAGACGAAGAACAUCGUGAGUGGCAUCCUUUUUGGCACGGGGCUCUGGGUGGCAGUCAUCAUGACUAUGCGCUAUUCGCUGAAGGUGCUGCUCUCCUACCACGGCUGGAUGUUUGCAGAACAUGGCAAAAUGAGCCGCAGCACCAAGAUCUGGAUGGCUAUGGUCAAGGUCUUCUCAGGUCGAAAGCCCAUGUUGUACAGCUUCCAGACAUCUCUGCCACGCCUGCCUGUCCCAGCUGUCAAAGAUACCGUGAGCAGGUAUCUGGAGUCUGUGAGACCGCUGAUGAAGGAGGAAGACUUCCAGCGCAUGACAACACUGGCCCAGGAUUUUGCUGUCAACCUCGGACCCAAAUUGCAGUGGUAUUUGAAGCUAAAAUCCUGGUGGGCCACAAAUUAUGUGAGUGACUGGUGGGAGGAAUAUAUCUACCUGCGGGGCCGAGGGCCAAUCAUGGUCAACAGCAACUACUACGCCAUGGAAAUGCUUUACAUCACCCCAACCCAUAUUCAGGCAGCGAGAGCUGGCAACACCAUCCAUGCCUUUCUGCUGUAUCGUCGCAUGGUUGACCGUGAGGAACUCAAACCGAUUCGUCUUCUGGGAUCCACAAUUCCACUCUGCUCUGCCCAGUGGGAGCGACUCUUCAAUACUUCCCGCAUCCCUGGGGAGGAGACAGACACCAUCCAGCACAUCAAAGACAGCAGGCACAUUGUUGUGUACCACAGAGGCCGGUACUUCAAGGUCUGGCUCUACCAUGAUGGGAGGCUGCUGAGGCCUCGAGAGCUGGAGCAGCAGAUGCAGCAGAUCCUGGAUGACCCUUCAGAGCCGCAACCUGGGGAGGCCAAGCUGGCCGCCCUCACUGCCGCAGACAGAGUGCCCUGGGCAAAGUGUCGGCAGACCUAUUUUGCACGAGGGAAAAAUAAGCAAUCCCUGGAUGCGGUAGAAAAGGCAGCGUUCUUUGUGACAUUGGAUGAAUCAGAACAGGGGUACAGAAAGGAGGACCCUGAAGCAUCUAUUGACAGCUAUGCCAAAUCUCUGCUGCAUGGUAGAUGUUUUGACAGGUGGUUUGACAAGUCCAUCACCUUUGUCAUCUUCAAAAACAGCAAGAUAGGCAUAAACGCAGAGCACUCCUGGGCGGACGCGCCCAUUGUGGGCCAUCUAUGGGAGUAUGUCAUGGCCACCGACGUCUUCCAGCUGGGCUACUCAGAGGAUGGACAUUGUAAAGGAGACACCAACCCCAACAUCCCCAAACCCACCAGGCUACAGUGGGACAUUCCAGGAGAGUGCCAGGAGGUUAUAGAGACAUCCCUGAGCAGUGCCAGUCUUUUGGCAAAUGAUGUGGAUCUGCAUUCCUUCCCAUUUGACACCUUUGGCAAAGGCUUGAUCAAGAAGUGCCGGACGAGUCCCGAUGGCUUCAUCCAGCUGGCACUGCAGCUCGCACAUUACAAGGACAUGGGCAAGUUCUGCCUCACGUAUGAGGCCUCCAUGACUCGGCUCUUCCGAGAGGGGAGGACAGAGACUGUACGCUCCUGCACUACGGAGUCCUGCAACUUUGUGCUGGCCAUGAUGGACCCCAAGACAACGGCAGAGCAGAGGCUCAAGCUGUUCAAGAUAGCCUGUGAGAAGCACCAGCACCUGUACCGCCUUGCCAUGACGGGCGCCGGCAUCGACCGCCAUCUCUUCUGCCUCUAUGUGGUGUCCAAGUACCUCGCAGUUGACUCCCCUUUCCUGAAGGAGGUAUUGUCUGAGCCGUGGAGGUUGUCCACGAGCCAGACUCCUCAGCAGCAGGUGGAGCUGUUUGACUUUGAGAAACGCCCUGACUAUGUGUCCUGUGGCGGGGGCUUUGGGCCGGUUGCUGAUGAUGGCUAUGGUGUUUCCUACAUUAUUGUGGGAGAGAAUUUCAUCCACUUCCAUAUUUCUUCCAAGUUCUCUAGCCCUGAGACGGACUCACACCGCUUUGGGAAGCACUUGAGACAAGCCAUGAUAGACAUCAUCACUUUGUUUGGCCUCACCAUCAAUUCCAAAAAGUAACCCUCUGAGCCACUCGGAAGGAAAACAGACCUUUGUGAUACAAACCAAAUGAAUAUGUUGCUCCUGAUCAUAGGACAGGCAGAAAAUUGUUCUUAUAAAACUCAGUUUUCCUUCCAGAAGGUUUACCAUCGAUCUCCCUAGAACAACUGUAGGAAAACUCAGUUUUCCUUCCAGAAGGUUUACCAUCGAUCUCCCUAGAACAACUGUAGGCGCCACCGUGUGACUUGUGACCCUACUACAUCCAGAGAUGCCUUAGCUCCAAGAAUCUUGGUCACAGUUCCCUGAAGUCUUUUGAAUUGGCUCCUACUGGAUAAAGGGAUUUAAACUCUGGUGAAUUCCUGGAUUUUGGGGGUUGUAUCUUCACACGUGUUGGAGGUCACAGACUUCCUCAGUGGUGACCCUGUGGAUACUUGGGACUUGAGGGUACCUGACUUCACUCAGGCAGUGUGAGUGUCACCUUGUGGAAAGAGAGAGCGUCUUCAGAGCCAGCGGAGGUAACAGUUCUAUCUAACACACCUGUAACCCACUAAUAGAAUGGUUAGGCCUGGGGAUUAAGGUUCUGGUGUGAGUGACAGCCACCCUCUCUUUGGGAGUCCGCAUGUGACUCUUCACAUUUCCUGGAAGCAGAAUACCACCUCCUUAGUGCCACCUUCAAAACCCAGUGCCUUAAAGAUGGGAGCCUGUUGGCAAGUGAGAAGACUUAGCAUGUGAAGCCUUUGGGUGGCUAUGUGAGGAUCCCCUCACAGGUCCCUGCAUAGAGAUGUCCCUAAGCAAGCACUUCCCCCACUUCUAGAAGAUGAGGUUCCUGGUGAAGGCAAUGGGAGUCUCAUUGCCUGCCAAUGCCAUUAAGCAACAAAAUAACAGAUGUGUCCACAGAGGGACGUGAGAGGCUUGGUAGUCAAAGGCUGCAGAGCUGGAGCCCAGCUGGAGAGUGUGGCCUGCUGUAUUUGGCAGCUUUUGGCAAGGGGCGUGAGCCCCUGGUCACUGAGUCAGGCAUACUGACACAGGCAGCCAGGAGCUAUCCUGGCAUGGAUUCUGCAGAUACACCAAUAGGCUUAUCUUCUAAUCCCACCCAGUCAGAUUCCAACCUGAGCAAAUUCAAUAGAAGGCUAGGUCAUUCUGGUGACAGACUCAGGGGUCUCAAGUACUGGGUGCUUUGUACCCAAAUGCCAUCCCUCAGUGGGAGUGCCUUUCUUGAAAGCACCCAGUGGACUGUAAAGCAACUCCAUUUGAUUUUUAAUGUAAACAUAGCAUGAUGGUGGCCUCCCAUUCCUGUCACCAUCCUGUCCUGACAAGCUUAGCUAUUCAUGUUUUAAAUCAUGUAUUUAUUCUCCAGUGCCUCUUUGGCCUUGCUUGAUUCUUGCCCCGUGCUAGCAGUCGCUAGUGAGGGGUGGGGUGACCAGAAGUGCAGAGAGGUGCUGGCUGGACAGCUCAUGUGUGUCUUAUGGGUUAUACAUGUAUCAAAAAAAAAAAAAAUCACACUUAAAAGGGCCAAAGUUUUUUUCCUACUAGAAACAAGAAAACAAAAGGCAACACAAAUACAUAAGCAAAGACAAACUGUAAGUCAGAGCCGCCAGACUCUCGCUGUUAGGACCACUCGCCAACCCGUGUCACUCAAGAGUACUCCUGCUAGUGCCCAGGUGUGACAUUCCUCUCUCAGGUUUCCAGUGUCCUUGCUGCUGCUGAGCAGUUACCAAUGCAAGUUUGUAUUCCUUACAAGGCAGAAGAGUGGUCUUUCACUGUGCGUGUUCAAAGGAGGAGGUGAGACUAUUAUGUAUUUAAUGUGGAACAAAACCUAGCCUUACCGCAGCCAAGGCUGGAAUUUGGUAUUCUAAUCUGUCCAUUGCAUGUAAAUACCAAAUGCUGUUUGGAUAUAAACCUUAGAAAUGCAAGUGUGAACAAAUGUAGCUGACCAUUAAUAAAACAUUAAUCCCAUCUA